AUGAAGCUUAACCCAACAAAAUGUGCCUUUAGGGUAUCAUCAGGAAAGUUUCUAGGUUUUAUGAUCACAAAUAGAGGAAUAGAAGCCAAUCCUGACAAAAUCCGAGCCCUAAUAUCUAUGGAAGCCCCAAAGAGCAAAAAGGACAUCCAAAAGCUUACAGGUCGGCUUAAGCAAACUUUAGUUGUACCUCCGGUUCUUGCCAACCCAGAGCCUGGUGAUACUUUGUUCCUUUACUUAGCUAUCUCUCGAAAUGCCGUAAAUGGGGUGCUAAAAGUUGCGGCAGUAUUUUCAAUCUCACCCCAUAAUAGUUCUCACCAAUCAACCACUCAAGCACAUACUUUAGAUGCUAGAUGUUUCAGGAAGGUUAUUAAGGCACAGGCUCUGACCGACUUCAUAGCUGAACUCACUCCAAAACCACAAGGGCCCGAAAUAAAAAACCUGAACAAGACCUCAAAAACCUGGGGGAUAUUUAUCGAUGGGGCGUCAAACAGCUCGGGCUCGGGGGCCGGGAUAAUUAUCAUCAACCCGGACAAGGCCACUGAAGUUCAAUGCGGGCUUAAGUUUGAGUUUGAAGCAACCAACAACGAAGCUAAAUAUGAAGCUGUGGUCAUUGCUCUCGAACUUGCUAGAAGUUUGGAAUUAGAGCAUAUCAGAGUCUUUAGCGACUCACAGCUCGUUGUUGGACAGAUCGAAGGAUCCUUUGAAAGGAAAGCUGAAAAGAUGAGCUUGUACUGCCUAAAAGUGCAUGAUCUUCAGAGACAAUUCACAAGUUGUGAAAUAUUGAAAAUAGCAAGAGCAGAUAACUCCAAAGCUGACACACUAUCCAGACUCAUUUUCAUGAGGAUAGAUGGACUCGACAGAAUAGUACACAUCAAGAUUGUCACAGAGCCUAGCAUAAACGCGAAGCCGAGCGUCAUGGACAUUGACCAUGAGCCUUCCUGGAUUGAUCCAAUAGUUGAGUAUAUAAGUAAUGGAAACCUACCUCCUGGCCCUCGCGCCGCAAGGAGUAUUUGGGCCAGAGCUGCUAGGUAUUGUAUUAUCAGAGGGGUGUUGUUUCGAAGAAGUUUCACACUCCCUUAUCUGAGAUGCCUCAAACCUUCCAAAUCUCUCCAAGCCCUGACUGAGGUUCACGAGAGAAUAUACGGAAAUCACCAGGGAGCCAGAGCCCUUGCCUACAAAUUAAUAAGGUAUGGGUACUACUGGCCAACUAUAAAGAAAGAUGCAGCUAAAUAUGUCAAAAGGUGCGACAAGUGUCAGAGGUUUGGUAAUGCUAUACAUGCCCCUGCAGAAGAGUUGACCUCUAUCCAUUAUUAG